AUGGAAUCGCUAGCUAGGAGGUUCAGUAUCGUGCCAGGAAACGUACGAGAAAGCAUCAGUGUUCGUUAUCGAAAGACAGUUGGUCACAAGUUCCGGGAUUAUGUAGGUAACUUCACGAAGAAGACAGAAUUCAUUCGUAAACAUAUAUUCCCAAAUUUCAUUGUAGUACAUUAUUUCUACAUCAUAACAAUCGCAAUAUUGGCAUCGAUAUUCAUGUACCCAAUUCAUAACCAUAAAUACAUCGAUAUCCUUUUUCUGGCAUCUGGCGCUGCCACACAAGGUGGAUUAAGUACCGUCAACCUUAAUUCACUCACUUUAUAUCAGCAGAUUGUUCUUUAUAUUGCAUGCAACAUUUCAACUCCCAUUGUAAUCCACACUGCUUUGGCCUUCGUUAGAUUGUAUUGGUUUGAGAGAUAUUUUGACGAUAUUAAGAAUAUAGCAAUGCAUGGUUUCCAAAAAAGAAGGGCUAUGACCUUGCUAGGUAGGCAAAGAACACAACAGAGUAAAGAAUUACAAGGACAAGAAUCAUCAUCAAGUACUGAUACAAGUAAUAGUUCAAGCAGUAAUUCAAGUAACGAAUCUAAUUUUCAGCAAAAUUUAUUUUCUGGGAAAGCUCUACAGAGAAAACAAUCUACUGCAACUACUGGUACUCAGCAAAAUCAAACUAGCCAGAAUAGUAGUGAAAACAGUACCGACUCUUCAGAAAGUGAUUAUCCAUCAAUUAAAUUCGCAGGAAGACGAGCAACGAAUGAAAUGUCACUCCAGGACAUUUAUAGAUCUGUCUUGAUGCUACAUGAAAAACGAAACUCAAGGAAGCAGAACAAUCCUCCAGAGGAACAGCAUGCUUCAUCUAGCACAUUGCCUCCUGCUAGCAGCAAUGCCAGCACUAGUUCUCUACAAGAUUCAAAUAAGAACUCACCUGGGUCCCUGUCAUUUUCAAACAAAAAUGAAAGUCAAGGACUUCCCAAUAAUACCAAACUAACUUUUGAUAUCGUUAAACCACCAACAAGGAAGAGGGUACGAAAGGGGAACAUUGGAAGGAAGCAGUUUUAUUAUUCUACACGUCAUGGUAGCGGCACCAAAAUCAAUUUAUCGAAGGGUAUGAGGCCAUCCAGGAGGCCACAGUCAGAAAAUAUUGCGAUGUUACGCCACGAGACUAGUUCAAUCGACCCAUUGUGUCAAUCAAACAGUUUACCAGAGGUUCCUAACAAAAAGAGCUCUGGUAGCUUCAAAAGAUGGAAUACAAAAAUCUUCAGUCAUUUUAAUACCCCAACCAAUACAACUUCUUUAACUUCAGAUGCGGAGUCGGUACCAUCAGAACAUCCAAUAGACUUUGAAGAUAAUUCAUUCAAUUUUAAUAUAUUAAAAAAUCGACCACUUUCAAGAACCAUGACCGGCAACUAUUUAUCGUGGCAACCAACAUAUGGUAGAAAUUCUGUCUUUAUUGGCCUGAACAGACAGCAAAGGGAAGAGUUGGGUGGAGUUGAAUAUCGUUCAAUCAAGUUACUGUGCCUUAUACUGGUUCUAUAUAACGUUGGGUCACAUAUUACCGCCUUUACCAUGUUACUUCCUUGGAUUACAACGAAAAGUAAAUAUGCGACAAUUGUUAAACAAGCAGGUGCCACACCCGCAUGGUGGGGAUUUUUUACUGCCAUGAGUUGUUACACAGAUUUAGGUCUCACAUUAACUCCUAACUCUAUGCAAUCUUUCACAAAUGCAGUUUAUCCACAACUUGUAUUAAUGUGGUUUAUUACGAUUGGUAAUACUGGGUUUCCGGUGUUCCUUAGAUUCAUUAUAUGGGUAUUAUUUAAGGUGAUAGAUGAAUUGUCACCUAUUUCUGAGUGUCUUGGAUUUUUGUUAGAUCAUCCACGUCGUUGUUUCACCCUUUUGUUUCCAAGUGCAGCCACUUGGUGGCUACUGGUUACUUUAUUGGGUUUGAAUAUAACUGACUGGAUUUUAUUUAUUAUCUUAGAUUUUGGAACGGAAGUAUUGAAACCAUUUUCAAAGGGUAUUCGUGUGCUAAUAGGUCUUUUCCAGGCAGUUAGUACAAGGACUGCUGGGUUUACCGUGAUUGAUAUUAGUCAGCUACAUCCAUCAAUUCAGGUCUCAUAUAUGUUAAUGAUGUACGUUUCGGUAUUGCCACUGGCAAUUUCAAUAAGAAGGACCAAUGUCUACGAGGAACAAUCUCUAGGUGUUUACGAAGGUUUUAAUGAACUAAAUACAGACGAUCUGAAAAAUUAUAUUAACAACGAAAAUAGUGAAUCCAAAGACGAUGAAAAUGACAGCCCUGAUACCAAGAAAAAAGUUUCUGCAAAAUCAUUUAUUGGUGCCCAUCUAAGAAGACAGCUUUCUUUUGAUUUAUGGUUUAUCUUUCUAGGCCUCUUCAUCAUCUGUAUAUGUGAAAAUGGCAAGAUCCAAGAUGUAAAUAAGCCAGCAAUAAAUGUUUUCUCCAUACUUUUUGAAGUGGUAAGUGCAUACGGUACGGUGGGUCUUUCUUUAGGUUAUCCAGGCACCAAUACUUCAUUGUGUGGACAAUUUACGACAUUAUCCAAACUUAUUAUAAUUAUGAUGCUUAUAAGAGGAAGACACAGAGGCUUACCUUAUUCUUUAGAUCGUGCCAUAAUUUUGCCAAGUGAUAAAUUGCGUCGCUUUGACGUUGCAGAAGACAUGAAGAUGAAGAGGAGGACUGUUGCACCGGAUACAAAUGAUCCAGCAACAGGCUACGUGAAAGAGACUAUUGGGAAGUAUAAGAAAGGAGUUAAAAAGCUCAGAAAGUUUUUCACAGUGAGCAAUCAAGAAUAA